AUGCCAGAGCCCUAUGACUUUGCCGACAGCACAGAUUGGCUUCCAACACCGCUUGCCGCCCUUGCGCCACUCGAGUCUUCGUUGCGAUGUCAAGUAUGCAAAGACUUCUUCACCACACCGAUGAUGACGAGUUGCUCUCACACCUUCUGCAGCCUGUGCAUACGACGGUACUUGUCCCAGGAGGGAAGAUGUCCCGCAUGUCGAGAAGCCGACCAGGAGGUCAAGUUGCGCCGGAACUGGGUCUUGGAGGACUUGGUAGCCAACUUUACCGCUUCAAGAAAAGGAUUGCUUGAGUUUGCGAGGAAUGCAGCUGUGAAGCUAGAAGAGGACAACCCGGCAGAAGCACAGCGGCCGAAGAAAAGGCGGAAAGUGGAAGGCCACAGGCCCGAUGGUGUCGAGAGACGAAGCACUCGCAGCCAGAGCAAGAGGACGGCAUCGGGCGCUAGUCAGCACAGCGUACCAUCUACACCGGAAGUUAUAGAGGACAGUGAGGAAGGCAGUGUGUAUGAAGACGUGGAAAGCAAGAGCCCGCGCUUUAAUGGAACCCAUGAGCUCAAAGAUGGCCUAGUCGAAUGUCCGUGUUGUCAUCGGAGAAUGAAGGAGAACUUGAUAAACUCUCACCUGGACAAGUGUAUCAUGGGCGACAGUCAUACGCCGGUCGACGAUACAUCCUCUCCGGCUCCGCAUAUCGCUCCGCCGGGAACGAUAGCAUACAUGCAGAAAAGACCAUCGAAACAGAACGACCGCCUCCCUUUCAUCAACUACUCAUUACUCAACGACAAUGCAUUACGGAAGAAGCUAAGAGACCUUGGAAUCCCCAAUCAUGGUUCGAAGGAGCUGAUGCGCCGGCGGCAUACCGAGUGGGUGAAUCUUUGGAAUGCCAACUGUGAUUCGACCAACCCAGUGUCCAAGAGACAGCUGCUGCAGGAAUUAAAAGUGUGGGAGGAUACAUUGGGGCGGCAAGGCGACAAAGCGGGCAGUACAGGGUUUAUGGCCAAAGACUUCGACCGCGACCAUUAUGUGAGGAACCAGAAGAGUAAUUUUGACGAUCUCAUCAAGCAAGCAAGGCUGAAAAAGUCGACGGCCUCUGAAACUCCUGCACCGACUGCGGAGGAGGAGGAGGAGAAGCCUACACCGCCACCACGAGAGGACGCAGUCCCUACCCGGCAACCGCGGGCUCCCGACCUUUCGCAGCUAGAAGAUGGACCUUCAAAGCCGAAGCAACACUCAGAUGCAGACGGUACGACCACGUUGGCGUCAAGGUCACAGCCUUCGGCGCUUCAUGGAGAACUUUCCAGUGCACCUGAUCAACAAAGUCGACCGAACCCUCCAAGUCCUGUCCCCAAGGAUGUUCCUCUGAGUACCACGGCUGCAUCUUCAGCUGCAAGUGGUUCUUUCCACCGUUCAGCGUCACGACGCCGUCCAACAUGGCAAGAGUUUGCGGAGGCCAACCCCGGGGCGCCUUACAGCGCUUACUACGGGUUCUGA